CUCCUUCACUUCCCAAGCAAAUCCCACGAACUAGACUACAUCACAGAACUAGAUUCCCACUAUUCAUUCCUAAUCAGUUUUAUUAAAGAUGGUUUCUUACGAGUAUAUUCUGGUUGGGUUCUUAGCUUCAUUGCUGGGUUCUGUUUUCUUCAUGAUCAUCAAUACUACUCUUGGUGGAAACAAAAAGGACAAGGCUGUAAGUGAAGCACAGAGUAAUGGGUUUGGAAACGGUGCUUUUCUGCCGGAAAUGGAGGAGGAGGAGAAAAGUACCGACGUUGUCAUUGUCGGGGCCGGAGUUGCCGGUGCAGCUCUUGCUUACACUCUUGCCAAGGAAGGACGUCGUGUACAUGUCAUUGAAAGAGACUUGAGUGAGCCGGACAGAAUUGUUGGUGAGCUGUUGCAGCCUGGGGGUUAUCUCAAGUUGAUUGAGUUGGGUCUUGAGGAAUGUGCAAAUGAGUCCAUUGAUGCUCAGAAGGUGUUUGGAUAUGCUCUUUACAAAGAUGGAAAGGAUACAAAACUGACUUAUCCCUUGGAAAAAUACAGUUCAGAUGUGGCUGGGAGAAGUUUCCACAAUGGGCGUUUCAUCCAGAGAAUGCGUGAAAAGGCUGCAACUCUUUCAAAUGUGAAAUUGGAACAAGGAUCAGUGACAACACUUAUUGAGGAAAAGGGCAUUGUCAAAGGGGUGAUUUACAAGAACAAGGCUGGAGAGGAGAUGAGAACAUAUGCUCCACUAACAAUCGUGUGUGACGGCUGCUUUUCAAAUCUGCGCAAAUCUCUCAGUGCACCAAAGGUUGAAAGUCCCUCUUGUUUUGUUGGUUUGAUCUUGGAAAACUGUGAGCUUCCACACGCAAAUCAUGGACAUGUCAUUUUGGGAGACCCUUCACCUGUCCUGUUUUAUCCUAUCAGUAGCACCGAGGUUCGCUGUUUGGUGGAUAUACCUGGAACAAAAGUACCUUCAGUAGCUAAUGGUGAAAUGGCUAACUAUUUGAAAACUGUUGUGGCUCCUCAGAUCCCCCCACAGCUGUAUGAUGCUUUUAUGGUUGCAGUAGAGAAAGGAAACAUUAGGUCCAUGCAAAACAGAAGCAUGGCUGCUAAUCCUGUUCCCACUCCUGGUGCACUUUUGUUAGGCGAUUCAUUCAACAUGAGACAUCCUUUAACAGGAGGAGGAAUGACCGUGGCUCUUUCAGACAUUGUUCUUCUCCGCGAUCUUCUCAGGCCCCUACAUGAUCUCAAUGAUGCACCUGCCUUGUGCAGUUACCUUGAAUCAUUCUACACACUUCGUAAGCCUGUAUCUUCUACCAUAAACACAUUGGCUGGUGCUUUGUACAAGGUGUUUUGUGCCUCACCUGAUCCGGCAAGACAGGAAAUGCGUGAAGCAUGUUUCGGCUAUUUGAGCCUUGGAGGCAUCUGUUCUUAUGGACCGGUAUCUCUUCUCUCUGGUCUUAACCCUCGUCCGAUGCACUUGUUUCUCCAUUUUUUUGCUGUUGCUAUCUAUGGCGUAGGGCGCUUGAUGUUUCCGUUCCCUUCACCUAAACGCAUCUGGCUUGGGGCUAGAUUGAUCUUGAGUGCAUCAGGCAUCAUAUUCCCAAUUAUAAAGGGUGAAGGAGUUAGACAGAUGUUCUUUCCAGCAACAGUGCCAGCAUAUUACAGAUCUCCUCCUGUUUACUGAAGGAACUGAAACAAGAGGAGUAGGAGAUACACAUUGUUUCCCAGAUUAUUUGUUUGUGUUAUGAUAACCCAAUUUGUAUGAAAGGAGCAGCAUUUGUUCCACCAGAGUAAAAAUGGGGAUCACUGCUAAACUAGGAGAGAACCAAUUAUGUUCUUUUAGGAUUAGUUCUUCUUCCCCCGAAACAUGUUAGAACCGAUGAAUAUAAACUUGUACAAAGUUAUAGCAGUGGUAAAUUAACCACAUUUCUUUGUCAUUCAUUUACUUGGUACAAGUGGAAACGAGUUAACUAGUUCGGAAUUUUAUUAUGGUAGUCGUUAUUCACACUA